CCGGAAGAAAUGGUUUCCAUGCCUGCUGAACGCAGUUUUGGGGUUCCCGGAGGUCCGGUUUUGUUUGUACGUACUCGGGGACCCCUGACCCCCCGGCGCCUACUCCUGAGUCCCCCCCCUGUACUGGACUGGGUGCUUCUCGGGGUUCGUGACCGUGCGGCCCCCCUACCACAGGGGCCACUCCUGGUUCAGAGAGGAGAGCCGCUGCCCGGGGCUGUAGUACUGGAUACCCGGCCGGCCCUGCAGGGGCUGCUAGGCCCCCAAACCCGCCUGAGUGUCACAGAGCUGGGGGGCCACAAGCAGAGGGAGAAGAGGGGAUUUGGGGGUGCAGAAGGACCCCUAGACUAUGGUGGUGAGACAGAGUCAUUUCCUCCUUCACUGCCCACCGCUGGAGACCAUUUACCAUUCCUAAUGUCGCCUGUUGUGUCCAGUUUUGCUAGAGCUGGUGGUCCAUUGCAUCUUCGCGUGGCCCCCGUGGAUGCGGAGUCCUUGGUACGUGCUGGGAGGCUGCAGGAAGUUGGGCCCCCUGUGGACCGAGGGGCUACCGUGUGGGUGAGCAAAAGCGAGCUGCGAGAACUGGGUCUCUAUCACCAAGAAUGGAUCUGGGUGUCCGUUCCAGGAGACGGCGUGGGUCGAGAGCCGAAUGUGUCCUCCAAUGAUCCAUUUGCGGGACCAUCCAAGGUUUUUUCUGAGGAGCUUCCUCACAAUGAUAAAAGACAUCUGGCCAUGAUAUCCGCUGCUGAGCUCUGGAUGGGGCAUCCUCACAAGUAUAGCCAUCUUCUGAGCACGCCAAACGCAGUACCCAACUCAGGCGUCUAUGCCGUCAUAUCUGCCACGCUUCUUUUUAAUUUAACGUCUGGAAGAGGAAAUUUCAACGAGGUCUUAAUAGAGAGGUUUAAUGGUGAGCAGGCAGAGGGCAGUGGCUCGUCCUUGGCAGUGCCGCCGUUUGCUAAGGAGCUUUAUAUAGAGAUAGUGAAGUCUCCACUAUAUAACAGCGAGGAGUCCUGGCAACACACCCUCCGGCACCAUUUCCAAACACCCAGGGCAGUUCAAGUGGGUGAUUUGCUGUGUGUGCCAUCACUGUCUCAUGCUGAAUCCAACGAGAGUCUCAACAUGAUUAGUGUCCGGUGUCCAGACCUUUAUUUCAAGGUGCGCAAGAUUGUGGCUCAUUCAGACACAGAGUCAUGUAUGGGUUUUAUUGCCGAUACCAUACACACUAGCCUCUACCAGGUAGAAAGUACUCACAACUUUGUCCCCUCCUUUCCCUCUCGGGAUGGCCACAUUUUCUGGAGCAGUUUAUCACCUGCAGGUCUGUCACACAUAGUGGAUGAGAUGUGUAGUGUUCUUCAGCCUCACCUCCAAGACACGAGUGAUGUUCUCACGGCACGUGGCAGAGUUCUCUUCUGUGGCCCAUCUGGGAGUGGAAAGUUGACUGUUAUGAAAGCUGUCUGCUGUCGUUUAAAUCUCCAUUUGUACCAGGUUGAGUGUGCAAAGCUGUGCAGGGAAAGCAGCUCUGGCUGUGUGUCCCGGCUAAAAGCUGUGUUCUCCCGUGCCUCAGAUGUAAGGCCUUGUGUCCUGCUGUUAAGUCAUGUGGAACUCCUGGGAAGGGAACGAGAUCUGUCAGGAGAAGAUAGUAGGGUUAUAGCAGCCUUCCGCAGCCUGCUCCUAGGUGAAAACGAGCCUCACAGUUACCUGCCCGUUCUAAUUGUUGCCACCUCCUCCUUUCCGGAUGAAAUUCCUCUAGAUGUACAGACGUGCUUUGUCCAUGAGGUUCACUUGGAUUCUCCUUCAGAAGAUCAACGUCUGUCCAUGCUCACUGCUCUCACUGCUCCCUUACCUCUCAGUCGAGAUCUCAGCAUUGGACAUUUGGCACGAAGAACUGCAGGCUUUGUAUUGGGCGACCUCUGUGCUCUCCUGACUAAAGCUGGAAAGAACGCCUGUGCCAGGGUCAGGAGCUCGUGCGCUGUCACAGAGGAGGAGGAAGAGAGUCUCCUGGCGGCCGGAUUUCCUAUUAUUUCUCAGGAUUUUGAAGAAGCCCUUGCUUGGUUGCAGGAAUCUCAUUCUCAAGCCGUUGGGGCACCCAAGGUCCCAUGUGUGCAUUGGAAGGAUGUGGGAGGGCUGCAUAAUGUUAAGCGCCAGCUCCUUGAUACGGUGCAACUACCUCUGGAACAUCCUGAGUUAUUGUCUCUUGGACUUCGACGGUCAGGGGUACUUCUGUAUGGUCCCCCUGGAACGGGGAAAACCUUGCUAGCCAAAGCUGUAGCCACGGAGUGUUCCCUGACUUUCCUAAGUGUUAAAGGACCAGAAUUAAUCAAUAUGUAUGUGGGACAGAGUGAAGAGAAUGUUCGUGAAGUAUUCUCUCGUGCCCGAGCAGCUGCACCUUGCAUUAUAUUUUUUGAUGAGCUGGAUUCCUUGGCUCCUAACCGAGGGAAGAGUGGAGAUUCUGGAGGAGUAAUGGAUAGAGUGGUUUCUCAGUUACUUGCUGAACUUGAUGGUCUUCAUUCUUCCAAUGAUGUUUUUGUGAUCGGAGCCACCAACCGCCCCGACCUUUUGGAUUCAGCUUUACUGCGUCCAGGAAGGUUUGACAAGCUCCUCUAUGUUGGAAUAAAUGAGAACCGUGAAUCCCAGUUCAAAGUUCUGACUGCAAUAACUCGCAAGUUCUCCCUAGACCCAGAAGUGGACCUUUCCCUUGUGAUUGAGCACUUACCUUCUGCAGUAACUGGUGCAGACUUGUAUGCAUUGUGUGCUAAUGCAAUGAUGAGUGCCGUAAAGGACAACAUUGAGAAACUAGAGCUUGGGCAGGAGGGGCAAGCUACAAACCUUGUUGUUCGUAUGGAGCAUUUUGUUCAGGCCGCAGAUUGUCUUCAGCCAUCAGUAUCACAUCAUGAACUGCAGCGUUACGAGAGGAUUCGGAAACAGUAUUCUGCACACAGCCAGGGGGAUUAAACUACCAUGUCAUCAGACCUUUUAUAGUGGCAAGACAGAGAAUCAGAGUCUUGCGUAUCAACUUGGCAUCCUCAUGGAAUCUUUUAUUGGCAUGGGAGAGAACACAGAACAUUGUGAUUAUGGCUGAACGCAGACGUAGAACCUUGUGAUUGUGACUGGAUGCAGACAUAGAACCUUGUGAUUGUGACUGGAUGCAGACAUAGAACCUUGUGAUUGUCACUGGAUGCAGAUAUGAAACCUUGUGAUUGUGACUGGACCCAGGCAUGGAACCUUGUGAUUUUGACUAGACAGAGACAUGACACCUUGUGACUGGACGUAGACAUGGAACCUUGUGAUUGUGACUGGACAGAGACACAGAACCUUGUGAUUGUGACUGGAUGCAGACAUGGAACUUUGUGAUUGUGACUGGACGCAUAUAUGGAACCUUGUGAUUGUGACUGGACGCACAUAUGGAACCUUGUGAUUGUGAUUGGAUGCAGGCAUGGACCCUUGUGAUUGUGACUGGACGCAGCCAUGGAGCCUUAUGAUUCUGACUGGACAGAGACAUGGAACCUUAUGAUUGUGAUUGGACAGAGACAUGGA